UCAGCCUCAGUAAUAAUAAUAACACACUGAUAUAAACAUGGCUUCACCGCCAGUGAGGACGUGUUUCGGAGAAAUCGGUUUUUGGUCUGAGCGGACACCAGUGCACGAGGCUGCGUCCUUGGGACAGGUCGAGAAGCUCCAGCUUCUGGUUGAUAAUGGUGCUUCAGUCAAUUCAGCCACAGUAGAUAACAUGACUCCGCUGCAUGACGCUUGCAUCCAGGAUCACCCAGAGUGUGUUCGAGUCCUUCUUACUGCGGGUGCACAGGUGGAUGUACGGAGCAUUCAUGGUAGCACCCCUCUGUGCCACGCGUGUGCAGCAGGCAGCGUGGAGAGUGCGAGACUGCUUCUGGAGCAUGGUGCUUCAGUGAACCCCUCCCUCACAGCCCUCACUGCCUCUCCUCUGCAUGAAGCCUGCAUACGUGGUGACCAAGAAGUUGUAAAGUUGGUCAUAUCAAAAGGAGCCCACCUGGAGGCUUUCGACAUUCACUUUGGGACACCGCUGCACGCCGCCUGCGCUAAAGCACAUCUGGAGUGUGCAUUACAGCUGCUCAAUGCAGGUGCCCGCGUGAAUGCUGCAAAGUUCCACGAGACGGCUCUGCACCACGCAGCAAGAGUGGGUCUAAUUGACCUGAUUGAACUACUGGUGGAGUUUGGUGGAGAUGUUAAUGUCAGGGACAACAUGGGACGCAAACCAAUAAACUACACCACCCCUGGAUCUCCAUCUCACAUCUGUCUAGAGUACUAUGAGAGUUGUCCUCUGUCUCUCCAGCAGCUGAGUCGGAUCGCACUCAGGCAUGUUCUGGGCACGAGAGCAUUGCAGGUCAUCACUAAACUCGACAUCUCACAACGGAUCAUCAGCUACCUCUGUUACAAAUAAUACAGCACGCUAUCUAAAUAUAUUGUGUUGCUGUGAAAAUAAUGGAGAUUAUGGAGAGCUGCUGGUUGCCCUAUAAUAUACUACAAGUGAUAUUUUCAAUUUCCCUGUGGUGCAUAAAUCAGACUGUUUGAUGUUAUGCAUAAACAUUUUAUUUAUUGUGCAGAAUACUUUAAAUCCAGAAUAUAAAUCGUUCCCCUGCAGUCCAAGGACAGGCACUAUAGGUGCAAAUUCCAAAUUGCCAGGUUUCCGAAUGAGUGUGUGUGUGUGUGUGAGAGACACGCUUAUGCCCCAUGUGUCAAGGUGUCCCCUGCCUUGUGCCCUAUUUUCUCUGAGAGGAUUCAGGCUCCCGUGACACUACAUAAAAUAAACAGCAUGAAAAUGAAUGAAUUCACAUUUAUGCUUUGAAAAUUUCAAAUUGUAUUAACCAAUAACUUUUACAUAAUACAAAUUUCUGUACUAUCUCCUACUUUCCAAUCCAUUUCUGCAUGCCUUUACAACCACAGUGGCCUGUUGUAUUUUAAGCAGAAACCUGUCUGCGCCACCUGCUGACUAUUGUGUGUAAUUACCUGAUUUGCCUUUCGUCCAUGAAACCCUUAAUCAUGUAGCAGGUGUUUGAAAUCACGAGUCUUUUUCUCUGACUUAAAGGAUACUUAAGUAUUUUUGGAGGUGAGUACUAUUUGCACUUUUACUCAAGUAAAGGAUUUAUGGACAGAAAAUUAGUAAUAACCAGACAACUUUUUUUUUUUUUUAACUUGAACUUUAAUUACAAAAAAUUUAAUGAACUGGUGAAACCUUUACAUAGUGGUGAUGCAGGUUGAAAGUAAAAGGGUUAAGUUUUUUGUUUUUUGUAAAGCAUUUAACAUUUCUAGUGU